UGCUUUUUUUAUUUUUUUUAUUUUUUAUCCAUAACUCUUUUAAGCCUUAUUCAAUUUUAUCCAAAAAAAAAGAUAAAAAAAUUACAAAUUUUAACUCAAUUGGGGCAGCACAAUAAUGGGUUCAAUUCAAAAUUCAAUGGUUUUUUCUCAUUUAAGAUCCGACCAUGGUCUCUACUUUUUCAAUGCAACAACAGCAAACUAUAAAUCAGAUUUGUCCUCGCUAAGUUUUGCUAGAAAGCUUCCCUUCAGCUCCAAAAGUGGUAGCGGAAUACUACGGGCUUCAUUAAUAUCAGGCAAAGAUGAUGUCUGGUCUUGUUUUAACAACCAAAGUGCAAAAAAAGAUUCUUUUGUUAAUCAUGGAGCCAAACAACCUGAUGAAAUAGCUGUUGGAGCACCUGCUGCCGUAAAAACUCCAAAUAGAAGUGGUUUUCUCUCUGGGGUUGAUGAAUUUGACUUGGAUCAAGCCGUUGAAGGAUUCUCUUCUAUUCCGGAGGCUAUUGAGGACAUUCGUCAGGGCAAGAUGGUAAUUGUUGUAGAUGAUGAAGACAGAGAAAAUGAGGGUGAUCUAAUAAUGGCGGCACAAUUGGUGACACCUGAAGCAAUGGCCUUCAUUGUAAAACAUGGAACUGGAAUUGUGUGCAUAAGUAUGAAAGGUGAAGAUCUAGACAGACUUCAACUUCCACUAAUGGUGCCGCCGAAGGAUAAUGAGGAGAAACUCUGUACUGCUUUCACUGUUUCUGUGGAUGCAAAAUAUGGUACCACGACAGGUGUAUCCGCUCGUGAUAGGGCAAAAGCAGUUUUGGCUCUAGCAUCUGCUGAUUCAAAACCUGAGGAUUUCAACCGACCUGGACACAUUUUCCCACUCAGGUAUAGAGAAGGAGGGGUGCUAAAAAGAGCUGGCCAUACUGAAGCUUCUGUUGAUCUCGCUGUAUUGGCUGGGCUGGAUCCUGUUGCUGUUCUGUGCGAAAUUGUAGAUGAUGAUGGUUCCAUGGCCAGGUUGCCGAGGCUUCGUCAAUUUGCUGAGGCUGAGAACUUGAAGAUUGUAUCCAUUGCUGAUUUGAUCAGGUAUAGAAGGAAAAGAGAGAAACUGGUGGAGCUUGCUGCUGCCGCGCCAAUACCAACAACAUGGGGACCUUUUAAAGCCUACUGUUUUAAGUCUGUCUUGGAUGGAAUUGAGCAUAUUGCCAUGGUCAAAGGUGAUAUCGGAGAUGGGAAAGAUGUCCUUGUCAGAGUGCACUCAGAGUGUCUCACUGGUGACAUAUUUGGGUCAGCCCGAUGUGACUGUGGUAAGCAGUUGGCGCUUGCAAUGAACCAAAUUGAGCAAGCUGGAAGGGGUGUGUUAGUAUAUCUCCGCGGACAUGAAGGAAGGGGAAUAGGUUUGGGACAUAAGCUUCGUGCUUACGUCCUGCAAGAUGAUGGGCACGACACAGUUGAAGCUAAUGAAGAGCUGGGAUUACCUGUUGAUUCACGAGAGUACGGCAUUGGUGCACAGAUACUACGAGAUUUGGGUGUUCGUACAAUGAGACUGAUGACAAACAACCCCGCAAAGUAUGUUGGACUCAAAGGAUAUGGUCUAGCGAUUGCAGGUAGAGUUCCCUUGUUGGCUCCUAUAACUACAGAAAACAAGAGAUACUUAGAGACCAAACGCGUGAAAUUGGGGCACGUAUAUGACUCCAACGAUGCCAAUGGACACGUUAAUGGUUCUGAAGCUGGUUGAGCGAGCCACGAUGAACUACAUGACUAUGCUGACUGACAUUCAUCUCAACAUCCGCGGCGAAAAAACUGAUUCGAGGUUCAAUUCUAUAAAUUGCAUUUUCUGGUGAUCUGUUCCAAACAUUUUCUUUGCCUUUUUUUCCUCCUGAAGAAGAGUUAAAAGGAGAGGUGAUUACAAAAGUUUUGAAGUAAAAUUUGUGUUGUAGGUAAAAGUCGAUUUCAACUAGUUUGGGAUCGAGACGUAGUUCAUUGAAUAAAAUUCUUUCGCAUAAUUAAAAGAGAGAUACUGUAUCAAAUUUGAUAGUAACCGCUCUACGAAAUUUACUUUCAA